CAUUUCACAGCGCCCUCUCUCUCUCUCCUUCUCUCCGAUCAGAUCGGAGCCUCCCCGCCCGCCCGCACCGAAAUUAGGGCUUUUUUUUAACGUUUUGUAUAGCUUCUCCAUAUCUCCCCUACAAGAUUCAUUUUUUUUUUAUUUCUUUCAAAUCCCCAAAAUUUUCCGACCGUUUGAUCGAAUUCCGAAUUGAGCAUUCAGCAUUAUUGUUGCCCCAAUUCAUUGAUCGAAUUUGGAAUUUUGUGUUAGGGUUUUGCUUCGUUAGGGGUUUGUGAGGGGAAAGAUGUGUGUAUGAAUAAAGUUGUUUGAUUUUGAUUAGGGAGGGAUUGAAUGGCUUCCGCUCAGGUGUUGCCGACGAAGAAACAGGAGCAUUUGGAAGCUGGAAAGCGCCGGCUGGAAGAGUUCCGUAAGAAAAAAGCGGCAGAAAAAGCUAAGAAGGCUUCUUCUUCUAGCUUAGUCAAUGGCUCUGAAGUUGGCUCAAAUGAGAAACAGCCUGCAGAAACUGUACGGGUUACAGUCUCAGACGGAGCUGGUACAUCUGAUGGGCCUGCUGGUGGUUUAACGGAAGCGUCUUCUGUAAUAUCGAGCAACGGUGACAACGCCAUUGAUUUUUCCAAAAAAAAGGAACAUGCUUCUUCAAAUAAUGCAUACAGUAGUCCUUCAACAGACGAUUAUAAUGGAUUUUCUGCAGAUCAAGGAUAUAAGAGAUAUGGUGUCUCAGGUUUUCCUAGACCCUCAGAUGUUGGGGAUAGGUAUGAUAUAAAAGGGAUGAAUAAUGAUGUUGAAAAAGAUACUGGUACCAUAGGUUCUUUACCAUUUGCACAGACAUCUGACCAUCCUAUUACUCUACGUCCACAAGCCAGUCAAGAAUCUGAGAGCAACACAAGGCAAUUCAGCUUUUAUGGGGAUCAGUCAUCUGAACAUGAACUUUCUUCGAGGGGUUCCUUAGGUGCUGGUUUGGGGUAUUCUCAACAAUCUGUUGCAAAAAUUUCACCUCAAAACUCUGUCAGCACAUUUUUACAAAGUGAGACCAGUAAUUUCAGCACAAUGGCUGGUGGUCCUCCUUCAUCAUCUUCACUUUAUGAAGACUUGAUUGAACCUAGUACCAGUGCAAGAGGGUUUUCUCAAGAAGUUGGGAAAAGAAUACGUAAUGGUUCUGCAGACUUCAGUGAUCCUUUAAGUUUCAGAUUUGGAGAAGGAAAACUAAGUAGCUCUGCAAAUGGUAGUACACAACUGCAAACAUCUGAAUCCACUGAUUAUGGAUAUGAUGCUAGAAGUCUGUCCAAUCAUGUAGAGCCAGUGUCAGUAACACCUGAUAAUAGUUCAAGGAGAUCUCGCCCAUCAUUCCUUGAUUCUCUUAAUGUUUCUGGAGCUUCUUCCGGGAGUCCUUUUCAACAAGCUCAACCGGAGGAGUCAUAUUUCUCCAGCAGCUCUAAAUCAAAUGGCACGAGCUUCUUGGGGUCAUUGCCUUUCCAUAAGCCCUCUAUGGGGGAUGGACCUGCUACACCUUAUUUAUUUGAGCAUUCCAACAAGUCUUCACUUUCUCCUAGUGCUGGGGUGGACCAGCAGAGGCCAAUAGUUGAGAGUAGCUUGGACAGAAAACAUGAGUUUUAUUCAUCUAAGCAAAAUGAAGAUUUCGCGGCUUUGGAACAGCACAUUGAAGAUUUGACACAAGAAAAGUUUUCUUUGCAACGGGCACUUGAGGCAUCACGUUCUUUAGCUGAGUCAUUGGCUUCUGAAAAUUCUUCUUUGACAGAGACUUACAACCAACAGAGAAGUGUUGUUGACCAACUGAAAUCUGACUUGGAAACAUUACAAGAGGAGAUCAAGGCCCACAUGGUGGAACUUGAAGCCGUCAGAAAUGAAUAUGCAAAUGCCCAGCUAGAAUGUAAUGCAGCCGAUGAACGUUCCAAGUUAUUGGCUUCUGAAGUUAUUGGUUUGGAGGAGAAGGCACUCAGACUAAGGUCAACUGAGCUAAAGCUGGAGAGGCAAUUGGAGAACUCACAAGCAGAAAUAUCUUCAUACAAAAAAAGAUUGUCUAGCCUAGAGAAAGACCGUGCAGAUCUGCAUUCAACAAUCAACGCUCUUCAGGAAGAGAAGAAGCUGUUGCAGUCUAUGCUAAGGAAAGCGUCGGCUAAUGAAAAAAAAGCUGAUGUUAGCAAGAGUACUACUGGCAAGAAAGAUGUGUUUACUUCUACAGAAGAUCUAGAAGCAAAUGAGGAGGUUAGUCCUGAUACUGUAGACCAGGAAAUGCGUGAUGCCUCCAGUUUUUCAAUGCUUCCUGAAAAUGGACAGUCAAGUUUUGAUGUUUCAUCUGUAAAUAUACCUCCUGAUCAGAUGCGAACAAUUGAUAACAUCAAUACACUAGUUUCUGAGUUAACAUUAGAAAAAGAAGAGUUGCUACAAUCUUUGGCAUCUGAAACAUCUCAAUGCUCCAAGUUGAAGGAACUGAAUUAUGAAUUGUCCCGGAAACUUGAAGCUCAAACUCAAAGAUUAGAGCUUUUGACUGCCCAAAGUAUGGCUAAUGAAAAUACUCCAGUCAGGCAACCCAUAUCACACGAUUUGCCUGACAGUACUCCAUAUGCAGAUGAAGGAGAUGAGGUAGUGGAAAGAGUCUUGGGAUGGAUUAUGACACUCUUUCCCGGAGGGCCAUCAAGGCGAAGAACUAGUAAGCUUCUGUGAAAUGGAAGUUGGUAAAGCUCGUUAGUCCCUAUGAUAGGCUCUGAUUUUGUUUUCCUUCUCUUGCUGUAUCGGAGGUCGUAAUCUGUAUAUUUUGAGUCCAUCUAUAGUCCAUUCUUUUUUUUUUCAAGUAGAAAUAUGUUCACGAAUUGAGAGGCCCCCAUUUAUAUAACUAUCAUUUCUCUAAGACAUCAUUAUAAUGUCGUUGUUAUUGAUUUAUAACUUCUGUAGAUCUAGGGGGCAAUUGGAUACCCAUAUAGAAUUAGAAGUGCUAUACAGACAA